AUGGGCUACAAAUCGCCCACGCUCGCCGUGCUUUUCGCGCUGCUCCUCGCGACGUCGCUCGUGUCCGCGGAUGUGUCGUCGGAGCGCCUCAUCGACGAGGUCCGCGCGCUCACGAACGCGCUCAAGAGCCGCCCCAACUUCUCUUUCAUAUACCUCGCCGCGAAAUACGUGCUCAAGAAGCAAGACUCUCUCCUCGCCAAGUACGGCGCGGACGUCCUCCCGAACGCGGAGAGGAAAACCCUCCUCAUCCCAGACAACACCGCCGUACUCCGCUACUUCAACGGCAAACUCCCCGAUACCCAAGAGGAGGUCGAACAGCACUUAGACACGGUGCUCAUGAACGUCCUCGACGGUUCCUUUACUAUUGCGGAGCUCCGAAGCGGCUCGUCCUUCCCCACGGUUUACCAGGACCGCCAGCUGGUGCAGAUCGAUGUGGGGAAGGGGUGGCUGAAGCGCGGAACCGGGGUGGCGCUCGGGCAGGCGGGGUCGAAGCGGAGGACGUGGUCGCGGGCUGAUUCUGCCUCAGCCACGAGCACGACGUACCACUUCAUUGUGGCGAACGCCAAGUUUAUGCUGGACGAGGAGGAGCAUUUCCAGGAGCAGCUCAAGGAGCGGCUCAGGUGGCUGCACGAGCAGGGACGUCCGCAGGACUUCUGGCUCGUGUACGAGCCCGAGUUCCUCGCGAGCUUCCCCGAGAUCGCCAAUCGAGUGAACAGGCCUGCUGUGGCUCUUGUCACCACCGACGCUGUUUGGAUGACGUAA